AUGUUCAAGUGGAUCGUUGUGACAAAUUUGUUACUCGUUGUAUCGAAUUUAUCGGCGGCAAGGGCGUCACUAAUUGUUAACGGCUAUGAAAAUGGAGAGCACCUGGAUUUGCCUCCCUUCCCCGAAGAAGAGGAUUUCGUCGACCUAUCCAAGCACCCCUGCCGUCGUCCUUGCAAGGAGCAUUCCACCCCGAUGGAGUGUCACUACGUCUUCAAAGUGGAGUCUUACACAACCAUGAGCAAAGCUUGUUACGAUUGUCCUCUGAAUGUCACUCAGUGCUUUCUUCCUCAUUGCAUUCCAGCUGAUGGUUUGAGAAGAUCGGUGCAGGUUGUGAAUCGUCAAUUGCCUGGACCUACCAUCGAGAUUUGCCAAGGAGACAGACUCAUCGUUGAUGUACAGAACCUUUUGCUCACAGAGAGCACAUCAUUGCAUUGGCAUGGCCAGCAUCAUCGCGCCUCCCCGUACAUGGAUGGUGUUCCUUACAUCACUCAGUGUCCAAUACUGCCAGGUUCAACAUUUCGGUAUCAUUAUCCUGCAGAUACUUCGGGAACGCAUUUCUGGCAUUCUCACAUUGGUUACCAAAGAGGCGAUGGAGUAUCCGGUCCUCUGAUUGUCCGUCCUAAAGAAAAUAGAAAUCGCCAUAAGCACCUGUAUGACGUUGAUGAGCAUAUAAUUACAAUUUUCGACUGGGACCAUCGGACUUGUAACGACAAAUUUCUCACUCCUCAUCACUCAAUUCUGGAUAAUAAACCCGUGAAUUUUCUUAUCAAUGGGUUGGGGCCAUACCAGUCGAAUCAUAGUAACGAGGGCAUUCCCAAGAACAUGCCUUAUGCUGAGUUUAUCGUGGAGCAGGGGUCAAGACAUCGUUUUCGUCUUAUAAAUGCUGGAUUCCUCAGCUGUCCAAUCGAAAUAUCUAUCGAUAAUCACACAAUGUUUAUAGUGAGCACCGAUGGAAAUGAUAUAAAACCCGUAAAAGCGAGCUCACUUGUCACUUACGCAGGUGAAAGGUUCGACUUCAUAGUGGAAAUGAAUCAACGGGUCGAUAAUUACUGGAUACGUUUGCGCGGUCUAAUGGACUGCGACAAGAAACUUUUUAAUGUCAAACAGCAGGCGAUCCUGAGGUACAAACGAGCACCCGACGGGGAACCAAAGAAUAGUAAAUACUGGGUUAAUUUCAAACACGAUGGUGAUGAUGAUAACGAUCAACCGGUCAUGGUAGUGAAUGCAGUGAACAACGGAACUGAAUCAAAAGAUACGAUAAGCAUUGCCCUGUUGAAUUCAUUACAACCAAAUGUUGUUGGGAAUCUUCUAGAACCCGACUAUCAAUUCUACUUGGCGUAUGAUUUUUAUGACAAAGAUAAUCCCAUCUUCAAUGUUAAAGACCACAAAGUGCGACUAUUGACCCCCCAACUGAACCACAUCUCGAUGAAAUUCACCAAUUUUCCACUGCUAUCUCAACGCGGCUCAAUAAGCCCCGGCCAAUUCUGCAAUUCCUCAACAAUGGGUGACUGCAAGAACAAGUACUGUGCAUGCACUCACGUGCUUCAAGUAGAUCUUGGGAGUGUUGUGGAGCUGGUGUUGGUGGACGAAGGUGUUAGACUCAAUGUAAAUCAUCCAUUUCAUUUGCAUGGUACGGCAUUCCGAGUUAUAGCAAUGGGUCAAAUUGGAGAGAACGUGACUGUCGACGAGAUUAAGAAGUUGGAUGCAACUGGUCAGAUUAAGAGACAACUGGAGAACACCCCAUUGAAGGACACGGUUACUGUACCUCGUGGGGGUUAUACAAUCAUUCGAUUUUAUGCUGAUAAUCCAGGGUAUUGGCUAUUCCACUGUCACAUCGAGUUCCACAUGGAAAUGGGUAUGGCUGUGAUAUUUAAAGUAGGUGAGCACGAAGAGAUGCUGCCAGUGCCCGACAAUUUCCCUGCUUGUGGCGAUUGGAAACCAAUGAGUCCUCCGGAGAUUUUUCCGAAAUCACCGAUGAAGGGUCUCUUCAGCAAGCCUCCCCAGCAACCGUACCACGUACAGGAACCCGCAAAAAAACAAAGGAACCACUCAGUUGAAAUAUGGGACCUCUACCUUUGA